UCGGUGCCGCUGUUUCAGUGUUUGCUUCUGUGGCGGCGCCGGUGUGCUUGAUUCAGCAAUUUCUCUUUGAACUCCUGGGCCAGCCGCCGAUUCUGAGAAGCUAUCUCUCUCUCUGCUCAUUGAAAGGAGUCACAGAGGGUGUGUUACAAGGAAUCCUUUUGCCUGCAUUGACGACGCCAUGGCGGCAACGGCCGCGCGGCAUGGUUCCUUCGUUGGAAACUCCAGGCUGCUCUCAGAUACGCAUCCUAGCACAUCCUCCCGGCUAAGAGAUUGUGAGACAGUGUCACUGCAUUCUAAAGGCUGUCGGAGGAAGAAUGUUUGCGACGACGUUCCGUCGUCUUCUCUUUGGGGCCAGCAACUAGAAGUACUUAGCGCGGCGCAACGGAUAGUUCAUUGGCACCGGGAGCGGGGGUGUGCCGCGGUGCCUCGGUUGGUAGCAAGAGGAUCUCAGCAGACGCAGUUUACAUUCCCUGGAGUUCCGUCAGUAGAAUCUGAAGGAUUGUCAAGUCAGGGCAGAAGGGGCGACCUUCUAAGAUGCAAUGCCCAGGCUCAGCAGGUCGCCCGGAUACCGGCCCGAACACCAGACGAGAAGUGUGAAAAGGUCCCGGUGUCUCGCAUCCGGAACUUCUCGAUCAUCGCUCACAUCGACCACGGCAAGAGCACGCUUGCAGAUCGGCUGCUGCAGUUCACAGGCACGGUGGAGGAUCGGUUGAUGAAGGGCCAGUUUCUGGACAAUAUGGAUUUGGAGCGUGAGAGGGGGAUCACCAUCAAGCUGCAAGCGGCGCGCAUGAAGUACGUGGCGGCCGAUGGAGAGACUUACGUUCUCAACCUGAUUGACACGCCGGGGCACGUCGACUUUUCGUAUGAGGUGUCUCGAUCGUUGGCAGCAUGCGAGGGGGCUCUUUUGGUGGUAGAUGCAGCGCAGGGGGUGGAGGCGCAAACGUUGGCCAACGUCUAUCUGGCCUUGGAGAACAAUCUCGAGAUCAUUCCGGUGUUGAACAAGAUCGACCUGCCUGGCGCCGACGCCGAGGCGUGCAAGAAGGAGAUUGAGGAUGUUGUCGGCCUCGACACGAGCGGCGCGAUUCUUUGCUCCGCGAAGGAGGGCAUCGGUAUCGAGGACAUUCUCGAGGCGAUCGUGGCCCGCGUUCCCGCCCCCCGGGACACAACGAAAGAGCCGUUCCGCGCGCUCAUCUUCGACAGUUACUACGACGCGUACCGAGGAGUCAUUGUCUACUUCCGGGUGAUGGACGGGGAGGUGCGCGUAGGAGAUACGGUGCGAUUCAUGAACAGCGGGAAGGAGUACGAGAUCGACGAUCUGGGCGUGAUGGCGCCGAACCAGUUGCCGGUGAAAGCGCUGUACGCGGGGGAGGUCGGGUUCUUGUCCGGGAGCAUACGGGCAGUGGCGGACGCGCGGGUCGGGGAUACGAUUACGAUUGCGGGGAAACGGGCAGUGACGCCGCUACCAGGGUACGAGCAGGCGGUGCCCAUGGUGUUCUGCGGGCUGUUCCCGGUGGAUGCGGACCAGUUCCCGGACCUACGCGACGCCCUCGAGAAGCUGCAGCUGAACGACGCGGCGCUCAAGUUUGAGCCCGAGACGUCAAGCGCCAUGGGGUUCGGCUUCCGAUGCGGAUUCCUGGGCUUGCUGCACAUGGAAAUUGUACAGGAGCGGUUAGAGCGCGAGUACAACCUGAACCUGAUCAUCACGGCCCCCAGCGUGGUGUAUAAAGUGCACUCUGCCGACGGGAGUGUCGUCAUGGUGGACAACCCGGCGCAGCUGCCCGCCGCGGAGAAGCGCGCAUUCAUCGAGGAGCCGUACGUCCGGAUCAGCAUGAUCACACCGAAGGAUUUCGUGGGCCCGCUGAUGGAGCUGGCGCAGAACCGCCGCGGCGAGUUCACCGAGAUGAAGUACAUCACCGAGGCGCGCUGCGAGCUGGUCUACGAGCUGCCGCUGGGGGAGGUGGUGACCGACUUUUUCGACCAGCUCAAGUCGCGCACCAAGGGGUACGCGAGCAUGGAGUACCACCUGAUCGGGUACCGCCGCAACGAACUCGUACGCCUCGAUCUCAAUAUCAACGGCGAGCCGUGCGACCCGCUCGCCACCAUUGUGCACCGCGACAAGGCCUACCAGGUGGGCCGUGCGCUGACGGAGAAGCUGAAGGAGCUCAUCCCGCGGCAGAUGUUCAAGAUCCCCAUUCAGGCCACCAUUGGCGCCAAGGUCAUUGCGAGCGAGAGCAUCGCCGCAAUGCGGAAGGACGUGCUCGCAAAAUGCUAUGGAGGUGAUAUAAGCCGGAAGAAGAAGCUGUUGAAGAAGCAGGCGGAGGGCAAGAAACGCAUGAAGUCGCUAGGCAAGGUAGACGUGCCGCAGGAGGCGUUCAUGGCGGUGCUGCAACUAGAGCGGCAAGUCACGUGAACACGUGGCCCAUACUAGCAUUCUUUUGUAGAUAUUCAAGGGGCUCUCCGGGUUGGCAGACCGCACAGAAACAAGGACGAGAUCGAGACGUUCUUGCAAGCGCUUGCUUCCAAGCUUUAUCUCGAUGGACAGUAGCAAAUGUCACUCGACGCCUCUAGUUUGGACAUGAUGGCUUGUCCAAUGGAACAUGGCAGCUGCGGGCCACUAUAAACAUGUCGUAACCUGUAUCCAGUCUAUGAUGCAAAUGACAUGCGUCAAUACAAAUAUGCAAC